UUUUGUUAGGCUCAAACAUGCGUGGAGACAUUUACUUCUUUGUGUGGGCCAGAAAUGGAUUGGGACCAGCGCUCACUAGGAAACCUAGAAUUGGCGUUCAGCCGAAGAUCUUGGUAACCAUGCUGGGGCUGUUACCUUUGCUGAGCCUAACACAGGACACUGGACAUCCCCAAGCAAAACUCUUCCACGCUUGUCCAAACCAUCUCGAGCCUGGCCUGUGGGUGGAUGCACAGAGCACCUGCGAAAGGAAUUGCAGAGCAGAUGAGGAUUGUCAGAGCUUUGAGAAGUGUUGCACGAAUGUGUGUGGCCUGAAGAGCUGUGUGGCAGCAAGGUUUGCAGAUGGCAGCUUAGCGUCCUUGGACCUACCCAAAGAGGCAACAUGCGAGAGGAUUGUGUGCACACAGCAGGGCUCGGAGUGUGAUAUCUGGGACGGACAGCCCAUUUGUAAGUGCAAGGACAGGUGUGAGAAGGAGCCCAACUUCACCUGCGCCUCCGAUGGCCUGACCUACUACAAUAAAUGUUACAUGGAUGCCGAGGCGUGCAUCAGGGGCAUCAGCCUGACAGUGGUGACUUGUCGGUAUCACAUCACUUGGCCCAACACCAGCCCCCAGCCUUUAGAAACCACUGUGAACCCAACGUCAACCACGUCCUUGGAAGACUCCAUCCCUCCAGCUCUCUACACCAACCCCUUCCACCAGUCCGUCUACGUUGGAGGCACAGUGAGCUUUCACUGUGAUGUCAGUGGGCGUCCAAGGCCAGACAUCACCUGGGAGAAACAGAGUGACUACCUGGAAAAUAUCAUCAUGAGACCCGAUCAAAUGUACGCCAAUGUGGUGGUCACCAAUAUCGGCCAGCUAGUUAUUUACAACACCCAGCAGGAAGAUGCAGGCAUCUACACAUGCACUGCGAGAAAUGCUGCUGGCCUCCUGAGAGCAGACUUCCCAUUGUCAGUCAUCAGACGGGAACAUUCUGUGGAGAGCCCUGCCAGGAAAACCCAGCCUUUACCAUCUGGAGAGUGCUUCAAAGAUCCAGACAAGAGGGAAUGUGGUCGUCAAUAUGUCAGAUGGUUCUAUGACCAUAAGAUGGGCAGGUGCUCCACAUUCAUGUUUGGAGGCUGUGAGGGCAGCAAGAACCAGUUUGAAACCUACGAAGAGUGUCGAUUGGCCUGUAUCAAUGAGUCGGUCAAUAUCUGCACCUUUCCUGCUGUGCAGGGUCCUUGCAAGAUGUGGGAGGCUCGGUGGGCCUACAAUUCACUGAUGAAGCAGUGCCACGCUUUUGUUUAUGGUGGCUGUGAGGGCAACAGGAAUAACUUUGAGAGCAAGGAAGUGUGUGAGGAGACCUGCCCUUUCCCGAAAAGCCAGCAGUGCAAAGUGUGCAGACCCCGUCACAAGAUAGUUCCCAGCUUCUGCAGAAGUGACUACGCCAUUGUGGGAAGGGUGACAGAGAUUGUGGAGGAGCAGGACUCUGGAGUUGCCAGAUUUACACUGGACGAGGUGCUGAAGGAUGAGAAAAUGGGGCUUAAGUUUUUUGACUUCAAACAUUUGGAGGUGAUAAUGAUCAACAUGGACUGGAACUGCCCUUGUCCGAACAUUAACCUGACAGAUGGACCGCUCCUUGUAAUGGGUGAUGUCUAUGAUGGAAUGGCUGUGCUGGAUGCUGAGAGCUAUGUGCGGACUGUAACUGACAAACGCAUUAAAAAGAUGUACGAAAUCAUUGCGAAAAAGACCUGCGAACUCUUACACCGCUUUCAGGAUUAAGUGCAAUGACCCAUAGAUAUUGCUACCAUGGCCAAACAGAUGGGACAUUAUUUUACAACUAGUUUUGAAUGGGAGCAUUUAACAUGACGUUGAGCAAAGAGUCACAGUUCAUGAGCAAACAGUUCAAUCCACAUUGGCAGUGCCAGUUUGACGGAAGAUGUGUAGCAUCGGUAUAUUUUAUAAACCUGGCAUCUCUGCUUCAUUAAUAUGCAUUAUUCUAUGUCGACUGAUCUCUAUUGUACAUCCUAACACAGAAUUAAAGGGAAAAAGUACAUACAGAGAUUGUCAUUUGCCCAGAAGCUCAGAGAGUGGGAAUAGAUUUGGGAUUUAUGAAAUUGCUCAGUCACAACAGUUUCCUUACUUUAUUUACUCCAUUCAAUUCACUAUCUUCUCCUGAAUAAUUAAGUCUCUCUUGGCCAGGCUAAUAUUGGCACUCACAGUCACAGAGUAGCUCAUCUCAUUGGCCAUUGUUCUGAGGAGACAUCAAUCUGGAGGACCAUGUGGAGCAUCACAACUGAAUGCUAUGUUUGAUGAUUACAAGCAUUCACCAGCAAGUUAUGAUCCAGACUGAUUUUGUCCCCAACCUAAGGAGACUGAAGGAAAUUACAGCAUUUGAACUGAAAAGACAACAAAGGAUUGUAUCUGGCAUCUUCCUUGUGUAUAUUCCUGACUGUGUUACCAGGCAGUCCACUCAGCAACCAAACCAGUGUUGACCAACAUGGUAAUGACAAACCACAUGCCAUUCAUUGGAAAAUCCAAAUGUGGCUAAUUGCAUAAUUGUUAAGCAAAUAGGAAAUGAGCAAUGGACACAUUCAGCGGCUGUGGGAUCUCAUUGGUCAUAAUCAUGUACAGUGCACAUGAAUUUCAACCUUUAUGUACAUUUGAUGGUCUGAUUUAAAAUGAAAAACAGUGUGUGGAACUGCUUUAUUGGUUACUGAAUCACGGUAGACCGCAGAUAAAUGAAUUUGCACGUGUAGUACUUUCACCUCUGUUAUACAUAAGGCAUUUUCCACCACUAUUUGCAGAUGCAUCCAAAAUAGGAACACAGUAACCUUUGCUUGUGGUUAGUCAGGAAUUUUCAUUUGGACAAACAUGCUGGAGAUCACAGCGAAUCAGAUAGCAUCCAUACAGAGAAUUUUUGAUGAAGUCAUCUAAACUCAAAACAUUAGCUUGCUGUCUCUUCACAAAUGCUGUCUGACUCACUGUAAUCUCUGGCAUUUGUUUUUCCCAUUGAGUGAGACUACUUUCUGCCCAAAAUCAAGCUGUCAUAAGUGAAAACCAAAAGAACUGCGGAUGUUGUAAAUCAGGAACAAAAACAGAAGUUGCUGGAAAAGCUCAGCAGGUCUGGCAGGAAGAAAAACAGAAUUAGUACUUUGGGUCCAGUGAUCCUUCCUCAAAACUGUAUCAUAAGUGGUACUCUCUGAAAUCAAUGCUGGGAGCAACACUGUGCAUCUUUAUGUGAUUAGGCUUAUUGUCAAAGGAAAAUGAGUUACGAGGUGACAGGUUGGCUUCUAGGUUUUGUGUCAUUGUUUAUUCACGAACUUUCAGUCAAGCUCAAACAGUUAGCACCGACAGAUUCUAUCCAAGACCAUAGUGGACACCAUUGGACAUUAAAUAAGGCCCCAUGCUUUGGUUAAUUCAUACCAUUAAGAAAUAAUAGUUGGAAAGAACAAGGAUAUGAGGAAUAAAAACAAAAUUGCUGGCCUGACCUGCUGCAACCUCCAGCAUUUUUUGGCUUCAGUUCAGAUUCCUGCAUCUGCAGUAAUUUGCUCCAAACUGAUGCAAGGAGUGAGCCAGGAAAGGUCAUUUGAGAGGAUUGGAUCACAGGAGUCAACGGUGGCUGGCAUGGGUAUAGACUUGAAGGGUUGAAUGACCGGUUCUAAUACUGAAUCCAUGCAAAGUUCAGACAAUUGGUUUUCUGUUCUUGGAUGAUAUUACUUCGACCCUUGAUCUGGAGGUUAUCUUUCCCACCAUGCCUGUGACCGAGCCCUUUAGUGACAUACAUUAUUGCAAAGCUCAGACUGGUCCUUCCACUAAUGUCAGAAUGUAAGUAAAGAUCACUUUAUUUUCCAGCUUCUUUUGGUUCCGAAGAAUCCAGGGUCAAAGCAUUAACUCAAUUUUGUGUCUCUGUAGAUGCUGCCAGACCAGCUGAGUUUCUCCAGCACAUUCAGCUUUUAUAUCAUACAUCAGGUUUUUGGCCUCUCUCCUUUCCUGUUGCAAUUUUUCUUCCCUCUCUCAAUUAUAGCAUGGCUGACCUUUCCUUUUUUGUUCCACUAAGGCUCUGGCAAACCCUUAUCUUCCUCCUCUCUGUGUCCUCGUUGUGUUGAUUUAAUAACCAUCAAUUCUCAUUCUGCGUAAACCCUCAGAACUGUAUGACUCUGCCAGAAAAGUCUCUCCUUCCCCCUCCAGGCCUUUAAAGCUCUGGUUGGUAUUAACUAAUCAGUGGUUUCUGAUUUAUCUCAGCUUCCUUCCAUGCUUUUCAAUCUUGGUAGCAUCCUGCCACGGAAAUUUGCAGGUGACAAAUGAUUUAGCGUGGGACA